AACAAAAAAAAUAAAUUAUUAUUAUUUAUGUUUCAGUAUGGGGCAAGGCCGAUUUUUCUUCUUGCUCCUGCUCGUCGUGGCCAGCACAGCAGUUCCUAUUUCUGAACAACGAAGAAUUAAACGUGAUCAAAGCUCCUCUACCAACGGCACAAUUUCCAAAAAUGUAUGCAUAUUGGAUGAUCAUACUUAUGAAAAUGGACAAGAAGUUCCAAGCUUGGGCCCAUGUGAAAAGUGUGUCUGCGAAGUACCUGACGUUAUAUGCUCCAUGAUUAAGUGUCAGCCUAAUAGUGGAUGCAGAAUAUUACAGCAGUCUGGUCAAUGCUGUCCUGAAUAUAAAUGUGAUUGCGAAUAUAAUGGUAUUGUGUACAACAAUGGAGAGAGGCUCGACAAACCAGAAGACCCAUGUCAAGUUUGUUAUUGCAAAGGUGGUGAAAUAAUGUGCACUUCAAUAACAUGUUACGAAAGAGACGACUGCCAACCGCACUACACCGCUGGACAAUGCUGUCCAAGAUAUGAUCACUGUCCAGUAGAAAGCAGCAGGGCUUCUGGAAAUUCAGUAAGGUCGGUAAACACAUCCCUUUACAGCCCAAAAAGGGAGAUGCAACCCUGGCCACUUACGAAACCUAACAGCCUCACUUCAGUUUCUAAUGAGGAAUCAAGUGCUUCGCCAAAUAUAUACCCUCAAACUAUAAGAAUUGUUGAAAUUCUACCAACUACACCUGGAUCAGAAAGUAAACCCAGCGAAGUAAGUGUGAUUCCUCGAAUAAAAACAAAUGAUCAUAGUGGAUCAAAAGAAAGUGAGGAAAUCGUGAAGGAAGUAAGUUCUACUGUAAGUUCCCCUGAGCAUUCUUUGAGUACAUCAGAAGUAGAACAUCUGCUUGAAACUACUCCAGAAACAAGAGAAGUUAAGAGUGAACCUACAACAGCCGGUACUUCUAGUACAUUAAAUCCGCUUUCUGAAUCAGUUGAUCUCAACAGCCUCCCUGAUUCUUAUAAAAUGUCCACAGUAUAUCCAGAUUAUUAUCACACAGAAGGAAACAUAAACUCUGUUGAAGAUGAAACAACAAAUACCUGGAAUGAAACUGAAGGAAGUGGUUAUGAACUUUUAAAAGGUGGAAUUUAUGAGGAAAGUUCUACAUUAGCACCAUUACUUAAUAAUAACCAAGAAAUAGUCACUGAAAAUAUAUAUACAACCACUAAUUUACCAAUUGAACUGGUUAAUACUCACGAUAACAAAAAUGAAGAACUGCAAGGUAAAAUUUCAGAUAUGCCUACCUUUGAAGCUUACACAGCUACAGAGGCAUCAAUAGUAAGUGAAGAAUAUGAAUCUAACAGUACAGAGAAUGAUGAUUAUAAGAGCAGUAGUGAAUGUAAUUCAACAUCGGUUGAGUCCACAUCCUCCACAAUUGCUUCAAGAUCUAAACAUGAUUCCUUAGAAUCUGAUGAGAGCGAUUCAGAAUCAAAUGAAGAUAGUAAUGAAAAUUUUAAUACAACAGGCAGUUUUGAAAUCCUCAACAAUCAAACAUCAACAUCUGAGGAUCCAACUAAUCAUUCAAGUCAAUUAAUUUUAAAUAAUAAUUCUUCAAGUGAAAAUUUAUUAAUUACUUCUAGUCCAUCUGAAGAAGUUUCAACAACUGUUGAACCACCUACCAGCACCGUCACAACAACUGGUUCAGAUGAAUAUGAUGGAACUUCAACUAUAGAAAGCAAAUCUGAGAUUGUAACUACUGAUGGUAAUGAAAUAUAUACCACUGCAGGCUAUUCAGAAUCUAGUACUGAGCCUUCUGAAAUCUAUCUGAUUUCUCAAACUCCUGAUGAAAAUAAGGCCGAAACAAAGAGAGCUGUCAUAGGAUAUAGAAAUCUGGACACUGACGUUCCUGAAAUAGAUGAAUAUCAUUAUCCUAGUAGAGAUGAAACAUCAGAUAAUUAUAGCAGUUCCAAGGCAGACAAUACUUUUACCACCCCUUCUUUGAUAUCGAUUCCUCCGGUUCUGAACGUUAAUUCAUUGAGUUAUGGCGAACAGGGUCACCAGUUAGAAAAUAGUACAAAUCUUAACGCAUCUUCUAUGGCAAAAGUUGGUAUUUACCAUCCAACUAAGCCUGAGUUCGCAAGUUUUGUAACUGUUGUAGAUGAUAAAAUUGAUGUUUCUACCUUUAAAAAUGGAUCCGCGUCAUCACACAUGCUGCUCACACCAGAGGAUUUGAAAAAACUGGCAGAAAUACUGAUUCACCAAAAAAUUAAGCCUGUUUAUCUUGGAAUGACUACAGAAACAAGUGAACAAGAUUCAUCUCAGGACCCAUCCAACCAUAAAAUAAAUAAAACGAUAGCAUCUCAGAAUAAUGUUGAUGGAGAAGAUACAAGUAGUUCACCAAAUCCAGAGGAAGAAACUGUGGCCAAGAGUGAAGUCCUAUUAGAGAAUGCUGGUCAAAAUGUAUCGGGCAAUCAUGAUACUUUCAAUAGAGCCCUGGCUAAUCAGGAGUCCUCCACUGCGAGGAUUUCUGUAGAAGGCGUUGAACUAAAUGAUGGUACAGUAACUGAAAGUUCCAAUGCUGCUACUACUUUACAAGAUAUAAUAAGAAACAUUGUUUCUACUGUGUCCAAUGAUCCAAAAUUAAGUGAAAGCGAUGAUCCCAACAUGUCAAGACAGAUUAGGAUACCAGAAAAUCCUAACCAGUAUUCUGCUUUACUAGAUGAUAGAGAUCUAGUUAUAUUGGAAAACUUUUUCAAGAAAAACAUCGGUCUACCUUAAAUAAAUUCUAGGAAAGUAAAAAAUGUGUUGUGGUACCUGUGAGGUUUUUCUCAAAACCUGGAUGAGAAUUAAGUGUGACGAGGUAAACGGACUCUUUUUGACUUUACGAUAAUUUAAUAAACUGUGCUUAGUUCUAUAAGUAAAUAGUAUUUGUGUUAUCUAGAGAAGUUGAUUUUUGAUACUGUUGAGACAAUAAUUUAUUAUGUUAUGACUUAUGUUUUGCAUGGAAUGGCUCAGUAUGAAUUACUAUUUUAAAAUGGACAGUAAAAUCUCCGUCCAUUAUAUAUUUUUAUAUGUAUAAUUUAGAUCUGUGAUAUCAUGUUUGUUGUUAAUAACAUACUAUUUAAAUGUCAAACUAAUUGUUUAGUUUUAUUUAAAGAUGUCUGAUAAGAGGUACAGCAUUGUUGGCCUUAUAUUUAUUUUAAGGUAUUGUAUUAAUAUUGAUAUAUCGAUUAAAAUAUUUUAUGAUGUGUACAUGAAUAUAUUGUACAUCUAGUUAUGUUUAAAUGUACAGAAUUAUUGUAAAUUUAAUUAAUUUAUUUGACAAUCUUGGAUAUAACUCUAAUCGUUUUGUUGAUAAUGUGUAAAUAUUUUUUUUAAAGAAUGAUCUUAUAUAAUCUCAUUUUAUUUUUAAGCUAACAAAUAUUGUACUAAAAAUUAAAUAAAAGUAUACAUUUUCCUAUUAAAAAAAG